AUGGGACAACAGCAACAGCAACAACAGAUGCCCAUGAAUACGAUGACGACGAGUCACAUUAAUCCAAUGGCUAGUAAUGCUACGAAUGCCACUGAUUGGCGUAUACAAUUAACACGAGAGCACCGAGCAAAUCUUAUUGCUAAAUUAUAUAAUGAAAUGGUGCGUGUAUCAGCAGAUCCUGUACCAGGUAUUAAGCUCUGGAUGAAUGUCUCGUGGUACGAGCUUUCCUUAUAUAAAGAGUCACCGACUCAGGAGGUUUAUAUUAACAAGAUAUUUACAAGACUCAAGUCACUUCGCGCUCAACAGUCGGAUAUGAAUGCAGCCAUGGCGGCUCAAGGAUUACCGAAUCAGGGCAUGCUCUUUCGACUUGACUUUUCGUACUAUAAUACGCUCAAUUUGAACCAGAGAGACGCUAAUGGAAAUCAUGUGAGUAGUUAUCCGGGACAUACUAAUCAAUUUAGUGGAGCGGGACCUCACCCUGGACCCCAGCAACAGCAGCAGCAGCGCAGCAACAGCAGCAGCAGCAACAGCAGCAGCAACAACAACAACAGGGACAAGAAAAUCUGGUGA